ACGGUGCAGUCACGGAACAAAAUAGGAAGAAACACACGGGAGUUGCUGCCGACCUUCCACUCCCCCGCACCCACAUCGGUCGACGGUGCGCGACUAUCGCUCGCAAGCAAGAGAGAAAAACGGGAGUGUUCCACACUCUCACACAGCAGUCAUAUUCUCAUUCAGCCAGCACCAGUACCCAGUCUCAGUUCGGUAGUGCAAAAGAAGCCAUUUUUCAUCCAUCCUCUGCGGCAGUGGUGAGUGAGUGCGGCUGGUUGGUUGGCCGAGAAAAGAAAAAGGAAAACUGCGGUGAAAAAUGCCCGAAUCGGUGGAAAUCUAAUUGGUGAAAAGUGUGAUGCAGCAGCAGCAGCAUUAGUAGAUGGUAGAUUCCGGUGAUUCCUCCUGAUUUUUCCCGUGUCCGGUCAUGCUGAAAGUUUUUUGAGUUUUUCUUUUUUUUUUUUUGUUCGCGUUCGGUUUCCUUGCGACGGUGGUGCUGCUGCGCUGGAACGAAUCAAGCAGCAGGAGGAAAAGUCUUGGUUUUGGUGUCGUCGUCGGAGGAGCGCAACGGGCGGAAGCAAGAAAAAAUUAGAUCGAUAUUUUCCUCCAUAUUAUUGUGUGUGCUGGCUGUGGGGCCGCUGCUCGCUAUAUUGCUAGGCUAGAGCUGUCUCGUGUCUGUGUCCACCGUGGCCGUGUGUGGCGCUGCUGGUCCCGUUCUUCGGUGUGGUGAAACAACGGCAGAAGGAAAAGUGCAAUUUUCGGUUCAACGGCACUCUCCACACGGACGACGACGGUGUGGAAAAAAAGUGAUUAUUAGUUUUCUUUUUUUUUGUCUGUGUUUUAAUUGUAAAAUUAAAACCAAGCGAGCGUGAAAAAAUAUUGUGAUUUCUCCCACGUCUAUCGCAACCAGAAGAUAUUUAUUGUGUAUUGUCAGUGUCGAUAUAGAUUUUAGUCGGUUCGCGUUCCGUGUGUGCGUGUUUCGGUUUUCCGCACCCCCCAAAGUCGCUUCCAAAAUCAGGAACAAAAACGGAACAUUCGACGGGGGAAAGGUGUGCACCAUCAAACCAGCAGACGGAAGAAAGUUUUUCCCAAAGUUGAGCAGGAGGCCAAAAAACGGCACAAGCAAAAGCGAAGAAAGAAGAAAGAGCUGCUGACUCGGAACGGACGAUUCCGAGAGCGCCAUCGAGAAGAGAGCGGAGCGCGCUAGAAGACUCAUCCGCCCGACCUUAGUAGAGUAGUAUUUGGUGGGUACCGAUAGACCGUCGAAAGAGAGCGAGAGCACCGCCAGGAAAAUGUCGGGCGAUCGUGAAAUUCCAGCUGAGGAUAGCAUCAAGGUGGUGUGCCGUUUCCGGCCGCUGAACGACAGCGAGGAACGGGCUGGGUCCAGGUUCAUCGUCAAGUUCCCCUCGGGACCGGAGGAGAACUGCCUCUCGAUAGGGGGCAAAGUGUACCUCUUCGACAAAGUCUUCAAACCGAACGCCACACAGGAAAAGGUCUACAAUGAGGCUGCAAAGUCGAUCGUCAGCGACGUGCUGGCCGGCUACAACGGGACGAUCUUCGCCUACGGUCAGACGUCGUCCGGCAAGACGCACACCAUGGAGGGCGUCAUCGGCGAUCCGGGCAAGCAGGGCAUCAUUCCACGUAUCGUUAACGACAUCUUCAAUCACAUCUACAGCAUGGAGGUGAAUCUGGAGUUCCACAUCAAGGUUUCCUACUACGAAAUCUACAUGGACAAGAUCCGGGAUCUGCUGGACGUAUCGAAGGUGAACCUCAGCGUCCACGAGGACAAGAACCGGGUACCGUACGUGAAGGGUGCGACCGAGCGGUUCGUGUCCAGCCCGGAGGAUGUGUUCGAGGUGAUCGAGGAAGGUAAAUCCAACCGGCACAUAGCGGUGACGAACAUGAACGAACACUCGUCCCGGUCCCACUCGGUGUUCCUGAUCAACGUGAAGCAGGAAAAUCUCGAAAACCAGAAGAAGCUGUCCGGCAAGCUGUACUUGGUCGAUUUGGCCGGUUCGGAGAAGGUCUCGAAAACCGGCGCCGAAGGCACGGUGCUCGACGAGGCAAAGAACAUCAACAAAUCGCUGUCGGCGCUGGGCAAUGUGAUAUCGGCGCUGGCCGAUGGCAACAAGACACACAUCCCGUACCGUGACUCGAAGCUGACGCGAAUCCUGCAGGAAUCGCUCGGUGGCAAUGCACGUACCACCAUUGUGAUCUGCUGUUCGCCGGCCAGUUUCAACGAGGCGGAAACCAAAUCGACGCUGGACUUCGGACGGAGAGCCAAAACCGUCAAGAACGUGGUCUGCGUGAACGAGGAGCUGACGGCCGAAGAGUGGAAGCGACGCUACGAGCGGGAAAAAGAAAAGAACGGCCGGCUCAAGGGCAAGGUGGAGAAGCUGGAGGCUGAGCUGGCGAGAUGGCGUGCCGGAGAAACCGUGAACCUAGAGGAACAACUGGACCUACAGGACGUCAUGGAAGCCAGCACACCGAACGUGGAAAUAGUGCUGGAGAAGCCCAUCGAGGUACCGGUGCCGGUUGCUCCCAUUUCGGCCGACGAGCGAACUACCCUGGAGCAGGAACGGGAACGACUGUACCAGCAGCUGGAUGACAAGGAUGAGGAAAUCAACCAGCAGUCGCAGUACGUCGAGAAGCUGAAGGAACAGAUCAUGGACCAGGAAGAGCUCAUUGCCAACACCAGGAGGGACUACGAGAACCUGCAGUCGGAGAUGACCCGCAUCCAGCAGGAGAAUGAAAGCGCAAAGGAAGAGGUUAAGGAAGUUCUUCAGGCUCUGGAAGAACUGGCCGUUAACUAUGACCAAAAGUCGCAGGAGAUUGAAUCGAAGAACAAGGAAAUCGACUCGGUGAACGACGAGCUGCUGCAGAAGCAGGCAUCGCUGAACAGUGCCCAGUCGGAGCUGCAGCAACUGAAGGACAUGUCGGCGCAUCAGAAGAAGCGAAUCAACGAGAUGUUGAGCAACCUGCUGCGGGAUCUCUCGGAGGUUGGCCAAGCCCUGGCAGCCGAUCAGAACGAGAUGAAGCUGAACGUGGAAGCGUCGGCUGGCAAGUUGGAAGAGGAAUUCACCGUCGCCCGGUUGUACAUUAGCAAGAUGAAGUCCGAGGCGAAGAACGUUUCCCAACGGUGCUCCAACCUGGAGAGUCUCCAGCAUGACGCCAACAAAAAGGUCGGAGAGUACGAGAAGGAUUUGAGCGAAUGCCGACUAUUGAUCUCGCAGCAUGAGGCCCGCAUGAAGUCCCUUCAGGAAUCGAUGCGGGAAGCGGAGAACAAGAAGCGCACGCUCGAGGAGAACGUCGACGCCCUGCGGGAGGAAUGCGCGAAGCUGAAGGCCGCCGAGCAGGUGUCCGCGGUGAACGCCGAAGAGAAACAGAAGGCUGACCAACUGAAGGCUGCGUUUGAGAACCAGAUGGAUCAACUGCGGGACGCCCACACGAAACAGGUGGCGACGCUUCGUGAUGAGAUUUCCGAAAAGCAGGAAUUCAUCAACGAACUGAAGGACACCAACCAGAAGCUAUCGCUCGCCCACCAGCAGAUGACAGCCGACUACGAGAAGCUGCGGCAGGAGGAAGCGGAAAAGUCUGCCAAACUGCAGGAACUGAUGCUCACCAACGAGCGACGGGAGCAGGCUCGCAAGGAUCUCAAGGGACUGGAAGACACCGUGGCCAAGGAGCUGCAUACGCUGCAUGCCCUGCGGAAGCUCUUCGUGCAGGAUCUUCAGGCCCGCAUCAAGAAGUCCAUCAACUCGGAGGAAACGGAAGACGAUGGUGGCUCGCUGGCGCAGAAGCAGAAGAUCUCCUUCCUCGAGAACAACCUGGAACAGCUGACCAAGGUGCACAAGCAGCUGGUGCGGGACAAUGCCGAUCUGCGUUGCGAACUGCCCAAGCUGGAGAAACGCCUCCGGACGACGAUGGAGCGGGUCAAGGCGCUGGAGACGGCCCUGAAGGAAGCGAAGGAAGGUGCAAUGCGCGAUCGCAAACGCUACCAGUACGAGGUGGAUCGCAUCAAGGAGGCAGUGCGUCAGAAGAACCUGGCACGACGUGGACCACAGGCGCAAAUCGCAAAACCGAUUCGUGCCGGACAGGGACACAUCCUGUUCAAGACGGCCACCUCCGGCAGCUCUCCGGUGACACCGAAGCCGGUGACGGCAGACGAGAAGAGGAAAUCCAUUGUGAAAGAAUCCGACAGUUGAAUCGACUAAGCGCAACAUCUGCAUGCGCGGCUUAGCAAACGCAACUCUCAAAGAGAAAUCAACUGCUACCGUUUAAGCACUAAAUUUUCCACGCUGCAAUUAUUAAUAUAAUAUCUACAUAUGGAUAUGUAACUACUACUACAGCAACAACAACUACUACUACAGCUAGUGACAGAGACGCGUACACACACACACACACACAUACUUACUACCAAACACCCCUCACACACCCACACACUACACCCGCAUGUGUGUGUGUGUGUGGAGAGCCGGUGGAGGUGGGCAAAGCAAAAUUGUGCAAGAAAAAUUUUACCGCUAGAGAGGCAACAAAAUUUAUUAGGAAUUUACUGAUAAACUAUUUUUUGUCGUAGAUGUUAAGCACCAACAAAAUUAUGAAUAAAACCAAUUUAGGAACAACCGCAAUCCGCAAUGGUUUGGCUUAAAAGAAGAAGAAGAAAAACAAACAGCUGCGGAAGCAGGGCGAUUGGAAAGUAUUUUGCGUGCAUUAUCAACUGAAAACGAAAUUCUAUAGCUCCGUGUGGACCUAGAAGAGUUCCACACGCAAACACGAUACAUGGUGUCUUUAAAUUAUUUGCAGUAAUUUGAGGAACAGAGAUAGUUAUAUAUUGAAGUAAACAAAUUGACGCAGCAUGAGCAGUUUAGUGGAUUUAAAUGUAAACAAACUCUUAUAUUAUCGACCGAAACCAGCAUAAACAAGUAACAAAUGGACAAUGUUCAAUCUUAUCCAAUCGCUUCAAGGUAAAACAAAACAAAACAAACAAAACUAGGGAUGAACCUUUGCUAAUAUUUGUGCUAGGACGCUAAACAGUAAACAGCAACAAUAACAACACACGCUAUUUAUUAAAUUAUUGCUUAUUUUAAAAACUGAAAAUAAAACAACCAACCAAGGUUAAUAGAAGAAGAAAAAAGAAGAACUAAAACAUCCACCGCACGCACGCAUAAUCCAUAUGGGCUAUAACAAGAUCACUUCAAACGUUGCAAACUAAAAUAUAAAAUCUUCGCGCGAAUAGCAAAAUAGAAGAAGGUGCAGCGAAACAAGUUUUACUUUCCAUUUUGUUCCAUUCUUUCGGUUCGUAUAUAUUUACGGUUGGGUUUCGGGAAACGAGUGAUUUUCUUCUGUUUUUAGUUUAAUUUUUAUAAUUGCACGUGUAAUCAAAAAAAGUGUUUUUGUUCCUUUCUUAGGUAAAAUUGAAGAAAAAAAAACGAAUAAAUGUGGACGCUAAAAGAGAAUACCUUUUCCAAAGUUAUUUUAAAUUUAUUCAUCAAUAAAAAAAAACAACCACAAGAUAUCAUUUCCAUCCCCUUUUGAUUUUUUUUUGCAAGAAUAUUAUAUUUUUUUAUCGCAUUAACCCGCGCCGCGCAGUGAUAGAAUAAAGUAAGCAAAGUUUGAAACACACACACACACACAACAAAUACAAAUUGCAGUGAAAAGCAGAAAACCUCUCACACGUCGUCAUCGUUGCAAUACUAUGGCUUAAACUUCAGGAUCGCGAAAAAGAAGCAGAAAGGGAAAAAAAAAGAAGUGCAGAGAAUGUUUAAGCGUUUCCACGACCACGUUGCUGGGUUUCAUUGUGAUUUUAAAAACCAGACCAGAAAAAUUGCGCUGGAAACUGCGGGAAGAGAAAUAGAGGCAUGAAGGAUUAUAAUCGACAGAAACUGCAGGCAACAACAUAUACCUAAUAAUAAAACAAAAUAGAGAAGAGAAGCUAAAACAAAAAUCAUUGGACAGCUUGAAAUGAGUCGUU